UGGACUGGCUGAUUUGAAGCAGUGACAAAAAUCCGUGAAACAGUCAUCGGGCGAGUUUCCACAAAAAGAGGAGUGCGCUUAUGCCGAAGAGUUGUUGAAUUCAAGUGAGAAUAGCUGGGGCUGCUGAUAAAUGAUUCAUCCAUUCUUAGUUUGUUAUCUAAGUGCAACGCAAAAUGUAAAAACAAUCGACUAGUGCGCAAUACGUAACAAUCGCAAAGAUAAGUAGUCGGAAGCGGAAGUAAAUGCCAAGAUACGCAAAACUAAAAGUUUAAUAAAGUGGAUACUCUUGGUCCCAUAGGAUAUUCCAAGAUUUAUUUCGUAGAAAUAACAUGUACUAUAAAUUCUUACAUAUAUAGGCACGCAUAUGUAAAGCUGAAGUAAAAGUCUGUAGCUGUGGGGCUGUUACAGUCAUCAGCAGCUGCUGUCAGCGUCGACGCCCACAAAUCGUUCGCUCGCUGUACACUGAUGUCAAUUACUUCAACUUGUUGCCCACUAUUGGGUUUACAGUUUGCAAACUAUUACUGACGAAGUUCUUAAAUCUAAAAGCGUUCGCUAGAAAAAGAGGUCAAACAAUGCCCAAACAAAAAACAUGUAUAAUCCUCGCAAUACAAGAAACUAUGUUGGAUAAGCUGCUGGCGAACAUAUGUAUAAGACAAACGUGGGACAAAGCACCUGCCGUCAUGCACAAUUGACAACAACAAGCCAUAAAACAAGGUCGUUUGUACAUUGCGUGUAAUCACCGUUAUCAAAUAUUAAUUAGUAAAGUAUUUUAAAACAACCGAUUACUACCGCACAAGACAAACGGCUAACCACCUAACCUCUGUGGCACAUCGCAACACGUUCGCUGCUAGGCUGCCACAAAAUGACCCUUGAUCGGCCGUUGUUUCCCAUCGAUCCGCUGCCUGCGCCCUCAGCGACAACUACGCUGUUGACGGCGCCGUCAUCAUGGCACAUAAUAACCAGCGGAAAUUUAACAACACGCAGUGCAUUCCUUCUAGCUACGCGCGCAAUCCGCCUAUUGCAACUCAAUUGGAAAGUAAUCACUUCCGCUGCACUUCUGACGCUCUUGGCCAUCGCUUGGUACUACCCGGCAUUUUUCUUCUUCUUCAUAUUUGUCGUCUAUUCGCUUUUUCUGCUAUUGGCAGCUGUCGCAAGCACUGUGUAUGUGCACUACAUCUUCAAUAGCACAGAGGCGCCGCCACCUAAACGUGAACCAACACAUAUUCUGUACAAUGCAACCAAAAGCAGUAUUUUCGAUCUACCCAAUCCCAUUAAGAAUGCAUCAAAUUUACCACUUAUUUUUGGCAAAACAGUUGACUUGCAGCUGCAGCAGAUAAUUGAAUAUGUACUGCGAGACUUUAUGACCCAUUGGCUGGGUCAUGUGGUUACCCAACCGAAAUUGAUGAAUGAUAUUGUGCGUGAGGACCUUUGGAAUGCCAUACAAAAGCUACACGACAGAGGUGUGAAAAUCGAUGCAGCUAAGAUCAUAGCUGUUGAUAUGGUGAAUCGUGUAACAGUGCAUUUAGAGAAGAUUCGAAUAGCUGAAGCAAGAGCCGCCGAAACCGGCAAUCCAAUCGUGUUCUCCACCAAUUCUUAUCUAGUGGACGAGGAAAUUGAAUUGAAGUUCUUGCGUCGUCUUAGCGAAAUUAUGAUAAUUCUUUUACUGCCACGUGGCUACUCACUACCACCGCUUAAAGUGCUGCUCAGCGAAAUACUAUCUUAUAAAAUAUUCUUUCCAUUGAUCAAGAUGCUCACCUCACCGGACUACAUUAAUCAGAAAAUUGUGCAAAAUAUAGAGACACGUCUGGCAGCAGCUGCCAUUAGUAAACGCAGCUACGAGUAUGCAGCCAGCUUCGAAGAUUUUCUGAAAGUCAUAAACAAUGCUGGCAAUUUGGAAGAGCUGUCGCUGAUACGUAAGAGCAUAGUGAAUGACUUGAUGCAUGCGACAACAAUGCAGAAUUUGCAACGUGCCAAAGGUCUUGAUCCAGAUACGGACGAUCACAGCCUGUCAAAAUCCGAAAUGAAUGCCGCAGUUCGUCUGAAACGCUAUGUACAACAGCUGACAUUUGCAAAAGGGCAGUGCGAAAAGAAUUUAGCCAAGUAUGGUUGGAACGGCAAUUAUACCAGUGAUGCGGACUUAACGCUAAUUGAAGUUCUGAGCACCGCUAUUGGUCGCCGUUACUUGACCAUUUUUUUGGAACCCCUUAAAGCCAGCGCCCUAGUCGGCUUCUAUUUAGCUGUUGAAGAAUUAAAGCAUUCGCACAAAUCUUCAUGGCAUCAGUUGGGUACUGAAAUCUUUUACACUUACAUACGUGUGCCAAAGCCGGAGAUACAAAUCGACAAACAUGAACGCAAACUUAUAGAAACAUUUCUGUUGGGUGAUACAGGACCCGAUAUAUUCUACGACAUACAGAAGAAUAUCUUAAAAACACUAGAAGAAAAGUAUUAUGCCUCAUUUGUGCUGAGCGAACAGUAUCGGCAACUGCGUGAGGCGCUUAAUUCUGAUGAUUUCAAAGAUCCCACCUUAUUGCUACGUACAAUCAAUGGCAGCGAUGCUUCUUCGGAUGAGUCAAACACAGCGUUGGAGGGCGCUGACGGUGCUAAUGCAACAUUAGAUGUAGCGGCGCAUACAUCGUAUGCGCGUCGUAAGCUCGAACAGCUACAGGAGCGUAUAGAUAAGAAGAGUCAGGCAUUGGAUGCGUUAAAAUGUUCGGUGAAGCCUGAAUCUAAAGUUUUGCAGAUAUUGGAGAAGGAAAUGGAGUGGUUGAAAAACGAAAAGCGACAAACGGAAGCACAUCUCAAGCGCACCGAUGCGUGGACGGAGCAUUUAGGCAAGUGGAAGGCGACGCUGCAGAGUGUAGAGAUUUCUGAUGAAAAAGAGUCACUACAAUUCAUGAUACUGGUGCAUGUGGACGAGGAUAUCAAUGUGCCGCGUGCAGCUAACAACAGCAGCGGUACAGAUAAACCCGGUGGGCUAUAUGCGCGGCCCGGUGCUAUAUCAAGCGGUUGGGUGGUAAUGCGCUCUCUAAAUCAAGUGCAUGAGCUGCAACGCAAAUUGCGACACGUAAACUCAAAUAUAAAAUCACUCGAUUUGCCAACAAACUUUAAGUUUUUCUUUUUGAAAAAUGAUCGAAAUGCACUCGAAAAAGCUAAAGGACAAAUACAGAAAUUUUUGAAUUUCAUACUAGAAGAUGAUCACCUGAAUGGCAGCGAGGCUAUUUACAGCUUUCUUAGUCCCAGUUCGGAUCACCUAAAACAGACAUUGCCUUCGCCGAAAAAAUCCAAAUUCUCACUAUCCACCUUAUUCAAAAGCGACGCUGCAAAAGCCGGUGACAUGAGUAAAGCUAAUGAUCCCUUUUGGGGCUUACAUCGCGAAGAUGAGGACAUUUCCACUUAUUUGGAAGGUGAUCCGGCUGUAGACUCAAAGCUGUUGGCCGAUUUGGAUAGCAAAGAUUCGAUAGCAGAGCCGCUGUAUGCUUUGCUAGGCGAAAUUUUCGAUAUGGGUGGUCUCUUCAAAUGGCUGCGUAAGAGCUUGAUCUCAUUUGUUCAAAUCAGCUAUGGCAGAACAAUAAACAGGCAAAUUCGGGAAUCGGUUGCGUAUUUGUUUGAGGAAUCGAUGUUACACUACUACUUCUCAGCCAU